GCUGUAUUUGCGUGGUUGUGUUUGCGUCGUUUGCCAGCAUAUGUGAUUACUGUAAACGUGUAUGAAACUAUUGUAACGCUUUGUUUUUCUUUGUUUGUGCAUGUACUAGGCAUUAUUUGUCGUACAAUUCGUUGUUUGGUCUAUUGGUUGCUUGCGAUGUCAACGAACCGGUGGGUUCUUGUGUUUUUCUGUAAUUUAGGUUAUACGUGCGGCAUUUUCUUGAUGGUUAUCGAUCAUCCCUGUAUUUCAAUGUUGUUUUUUUACGAUUUAUGUUGGAAUAGUUGUGACAUAGAUGGAUCCUAAUUGAUAACUUUAUUUUAGUCCGUUGCAGGUAGUCAAUUCGAGUGACAGGAGCACAGAUUUAAGUGGAAUUUUUGCUGAAUACAUACUUGGAAAGCGUUUCUUCAGCUGGGAUGAAUUUGAGAAGUCAUUAGCAGAAUUUCAAAAAUUAUCCUACACUCACUAUGUUCAUAAUUGCAGCAAAACGAUGCCGGAUGCCAGGUUUAAGUACGCUUAUGUUGGUUUUAAAUGCACUUUUGGAGUGAAUCGUACAAGACGUGGAUUGAAAUUGAAAAACAAGUCGUCUAAAUGUUGCAAUUGCUCGUCUUCAUUUCGCGUGGUUUUGCAUCAUAGUGAAUACAUAAUUGCUUCCCACAAUAUGGUGCAUAACCAUCCAUGCAGCAGGGUGUACAUGCAGAAUGACCCAUGGUAUAGACGACUAACAGUUGAAGAGAAAGAAAAUAUUGAACCACUUCUUCAGCAAUCCCACUCAUCCGAUGAAAUAAUAAUGCAUGUUAAGGAGAAGUACAACAAGGAUAUAACUCGCAUUGACGUUAAAAAUAUGAAAGCCGCAGUGAAUAAAGGUAUUUCGAGUCGUCGUGACAUUUUUGAAUUCCUAAAAUCCCGUGGGAAGUUAAUGGAGUAUUAUUCCGAUGAACCGAUCAGGAAUUCACUAACAAGAAUUUGUUUUGCAACUUAUGAGCAAAUGGAAUUGUAUAAACAGUUCCCUGAAGUUGUUGGUAUCGACUCGACGUAUAAUACGAAUAAGGGGAAACAAGAAAUCCCAUUGUGAAGAACUACUUAUGCCGUCUAGUGCAGUGUAAAAGGAGAUCAGAAUUUAAUUUCUACUUCAGAGUUAUUAGCAGAUUGGACGCUAAUGUCAGUCAAUACCUACAACGUCGUUGGAUGCAUCGACGAGAAUUGUGGGCGGCCUGUUUCAGAGAUAACGUGCUGACUUUUGGGAACGAUACAAAUAAUCGUGUCGAGAGUUCCCACAAGCAGAUGAAACGGUUUUUGCAAAGAUCUGAUAGUCUGCAUAAAAGUAUGCUAAAGGUGUAUAAAUGGCAUAAACGAAGUUUUUCAAUAAUACAGCAGGAGGCGAAUAUUGCUCAAUCACGAUGCUUCACG